AUGGACGUUAUUGGUCAAAUAAAGCCAGUUGCUUCUAACAGACACAUAUCCAUUGACUACUUCACCAAGAGGGUGGAAGCAGCUUCGUACAAGUCAGUGACUAAGAAAGUUGUAGCUAACUUUGUCCGCAACAAUCUGAUAUGCAGAAACAUCAAACUUGUUCUUGGACAGAGGGAGCUAUUGGAAGAUCCUGGUAGAUAUCAAAGACCGGUUGGUAAAUUGAAUUAUCUAACUAUUACACGCUCGGAUAUUUCAUUUGCAAUAACUGUGGUUAUACAGUUUCUCCAAGCUCCCUGUAAAGAUCAUUGGGAUGCAGUAAUUCGCAUCCUCAAAUACAUCAAAAGAGCUCCAGAACAAGGAUUGUUAUAUGAAGACAAAGGUCACGCGGACAUCAUUGGAUAUUGUGAUGCGGAUUGGUCAGGUUCUCUAACAGAUAGACGCUCUACUUUCGGGUAUAAUGUCAUGAUUAUAGACAAUUUAAUCUCUUGGAAAAGUAAAAAGCAAGAUGUAGUUGCAAGAUCUACCGCAGAAGCAGAAUAUCGAGUUAUGGCCCUUGCUUCAUGCGAGCUUAUUUGGUUGAAACAACUUCUUCAAGAGUUGAAAUAUGUUGAAUUCAAACCAAUUAAGCUUAUAUGUGACAAUCGGGUUGCCCUUCGUAUUGCCUCAAAUCCAUUUUCCAUGAAAGAACGAAACAUAUAG